CUUAUUACCUAUAUUAGUAUUUACUAUUUAGUAUAUUAGUCAUUAGAUCUUAUUAAGUUAUUAUUAUAGUUAUAGUGAAGUGAAAACUGUAAACGCUAUUAUACAUAAGUAAUGCUUCACUUCGCGUUAAAUACUAGUUUUGGAUGAUAUAAUUUUUUACUUCUCUUACAUAAUAUUAUCUUAUUUAUAUUAAAGGUUUAGAAAUGAUUUAUAAAUGGUGGCAUUCAUUUAUAAGAAAAAGAACAAAACCUAUUCCUGAGGAUUAUGCAGUCCUAUGGAAAAAACGACUGAGCUUACUAUACGGAUUUCUUGCUUGGAAUGCAUUUGGUUUGGUAGUUUAUUCCAUUUAUCAAGGCAAAUCAGACUGGGCUCAUUAUUACGGAUUAAAAUCCGACGAAGACAAAAACAUGUCUCCUGGCCAUUCUUGGGCAAAUACCCUAGGCAUUAAAAAUGCCAAAGUAAUAAGAAUUUCUGGAUUAUCAAAAGUGGAUGAAUAUGAUAUUGUUGAUGGAAAAGAAGUUAGAUCUAACAAGAGCAAUAAUUAAUAAAAUAAAACAGUGUAUAUAGUAAUUGUAUAAGGAAUAAUUUAUUGUCCUGUUAUAAUACAAUUAAAAGUUUGUAUAAAAAUA